AAAAACAUGUUUUUCUUCCGGUGAACAAACGUCGCAGUAAUGGACGCUGUGAUGGAGACUGACUAGGUUGUAGGUAGUCGGGACGUGCAGUUAACUUCAGUAUUCUUCCCCCUCUGGUUUCUCUGAAUGAAGGGACACGUGUAACUUUUCAGCUACGUGUGGCUGAGUUUAGUUUACACUCAGCUCUCUGUCUACGUGUCUUUCUCUGAUGCUCUGGGACACAUGGAGGCUCCGUCCUCUCGUCCGUCUGCCACCCCGGACGCUACGCCGUGGCUGGCGGGCCGGAGACACUCCUCCGGCGGGGAGUCAGAGUGUGACCCCGCCAGGGACACCAAGACACACUUCCGCGUCUGUCGCUUCAUUAUGGAGACAGGAGUGAAGCUGGGCAUGCGCUCGGUGCCUGUGGCCACAGCGUGUGUGUUGUACCACCGUUUCUUUAAGCGUGUCAACAUGCGUGCAUAUGAACCCUACUUGGUGGCCAUGAGCUGUCUGUACCUGGCUGGCAAAGUGGAGGAGCAGCAUAUAAGAACCCGUGACAUCAUCAACGUAAGCCACAGGUAUUUCAACAGUGGCAGCACGCCUUUAGAAUGUGACAAGGAGUUCUGGGACUUGAGGGACAGCGUGGUGCAGUGCGAGCUCCUCAUCCUCCGACAGCUCAACUUCCAAGUCUCCUUCGAACACCCUCACAAGUAUUUACUUCACUACCUGUUGUCUGUGAAGUCGCUGGUGAACCGCCACGCUUGGUCUCGAACCCCCAUCACUGAGACUUCGUGGGCUUUGCUUAGAGACUGUUACCACGGAGACAUGUGCAUCCGCCACACACCUCAACACAUUGCCAUAGCAACGCUGUACCUGGCUUUAAACAGCUACGGAGUGGAGCUGCCUGUCGGGGAGAAGGAGUGGUGGCAGGUGCUGUGUGAGGACGCGAAUAAAGCAGACAUCGAUGCAGUGAUCUCAGACCUUCUUCAACUCUAUGACAUGGAGGCCAAGUGUAUCUAAAGGACACACAAGCAAGACCUGCACAUGGGAGACACCAAGAGUUAUAUGGUGUGUGUUAGAAUUUGUUUUGUCGUAGCAUGAAUGUGUGUGUGCAUGUGUUAUUGUCUGCUUGUAAGUGUUUUAAGAUUCCUUUAUUCAGGUUUCAGGAUUCAAGUGCGUGCGUGCGUGCGUGCGUGCGUGCGUGUGUGUGUGUGAGAGUGUGAGUGAGUGAGACAUGGGCAAGAAUACUUAGUAUUGCCCCAGUUAGUCUAUGAGCUGUGACUAAAAAAAUAAACACACAUGCACUACCGACUAUUGCCACCUGGGGGAGACAUUUCUUGACAUGUCAGCAGUGCAGCAUAAUGUGCUGGAAUCAUCAGCAGCAGGAACAUCUUAGACACACCUCAGCAGUCUUUUCACACACAUCAUGUUUUAACAACAAACACCACUGUAUGGAUUGGAUUGGAUCAUCUUAAAUUCAUCACCCAAUUAAAAGUAAUUCACCAAUAAUUAUUGCUCAAAAUGAAAUCAGAACACGGACUAUGACCUGUCAUGUUUCGCGGAUAUUCCGGGUCAUAUUUAAUGUGUUAUUACUGUCUGAGUCCCAUGAAGUAAUAAAGACCAACAAUGUGUAAUUGUCUAUAGUAUUGUAAGUAUUAUCUGUGUAACAAACCUGUUGCACUGGAUGACAUGUUUUAUUCAUUUCCACACACUGCAGUUCAUUUUGCCUGAGACUGGCAGGAUCCACAUUCUCAGUAGGAGGCAGUGUGCUUCAGGCUGAGGUAUACAUAAUGUCGGCUUCACAUUUUUACCAGUUCCUAAUGAGGUUGAGCUACAGAAGAUCAAUGUGAAGACCAAGACCAGACUGCAAGGACAGUGCAGGGUCAUUGUGUGAUUGUUCAUUAGAAUGUUUUUUUUUUGUUGUGUAUUAAUUUGUGUUUACUUGGUGUAGUUCCUUUGUGCUGUAUGUGACUUAAAUGAGAUGAAAAAGGUUCAUCUGGAUAUCUUCACAACAAACAGGGCUUUACUGAACAUUGCAGCUGCUAUGAGUUACAAUGGUCUUUCAAAUGUGCUGCAUAUAAAAAUUAAAAAUAAACAUUUGCAAUGAAAACCCAAGGAUUUGAAAAGAUCUUUCAAAUGAUCUGAUGGAGGCUUCUUCCAAACAAAAACGAGUUGAUCAUACAUAUGGACAAACUGCAAAAAAAAGUUAUUAAUUCAUGCUCUGUUGCAAAUGCUUUUUUACUUGUGAUACAGUAUUGGCUGUAUGUACAAAUACUUGCAUGUAUCAGUUUCCAUGUCAAUCUUUAUAUGACAUACAGAAUUGAAUAAACACAGUGAUAAAAAAACUCA